AAAACUUAAACGAGAUCAAAAUAAUAUUAUUGAAAGAAAAUUUGAUCGAGAUCAAAAUAACGUUAUUGAAAGAAAACUUCAACGAGAUCAAAAUAACAUUAUUGAAAGAAAACUUAAACGAGAUCCUUUUCCAAAGCCACAACAGGGCAAAGGUAAAAGUACACAGGCAUCUACACAGGCACCUAAAGCACCGUCAAAUACGGCACCUUUACAACCAACUAAUUUACAGACAUCCCAAAGCGUACAAACCGGAUCUGACGCCGUACCUUCCCCAACAAUACCAACGAUAUUACCUGUCAUUAACAACAUUGGUAUAAAAUCAUCAGCUAUGAACUAUAAUUGUCUGGGAAUGGCAUUAAUUCUUGGAUUCAUGUUAUACAUACUGUAUCGUUAG